UCUGUGACAAAACAGAGCACCAAAAUCCAGAUAAGGAAAGUAACAUUAAAAAGGUAGCAAAUACACACUACUUUUUGCUCUCUCUCACACUCUCUCUCAUCUGCACAUUAAAUUCACCAAAUCCCUUCUCUCUGUCACACACUCUCUCAUCUGCACAUUAAAUUCACCAAAUCCCCUUCCAGGAUUUAUAUAUAAAGGCCUUUGAUUGAACAAUUAUUCCACCAAGAUCUGCAAUAUCAGCCAACCCACCACAGCUUUUAUUGGGUGUCACUGCUUUAAGAAGCCAGAGAGAGGCUUGUUCAUUUGUCUCUGUGAAGAGAGAAGAAGAAGAAGAGAACCAAGAAAGCAAGCAAAGCAUGGAGGUGGGUCAGUUGCAGAGACAGUAUGUUGAGUACACAACAUCGUUGUUUCGUGAGGGGUUUCUUGAUAGUCAGUUCACACAGCUCCAGCAACUGCAAGAUGAGAGUAACCCUGACUUUGUGGUGGAAGUGGUGUCUCUCUUCUUUGAAGAUUCUGAAAGGCUUCUCAAUGAUCUCAACAAAGCUCUAGAUCAGAAGGGUGUGGAUUUCAAGAAGGUUGAUGGCAACGUUCACCAGUUGAAGGGUAGCAGCUCCAGCAUAGGUGCAAAUAGGGUUAAAAAUGCGUGCGUUGCCUUUCGCAACUAUUGUGAGGAACAUAACACUGAAGCGUGCUUUGGAUGCCUGCAACAAGUGAAACAAGAGUACGUGCUUGUGAAAAACAAGCUUGAAACUUUAUUCGGGCUUGAGCAACAAAUUUUGGCUGCUGGUGGAUCAGUUCCCAUGAUGGAAUGAGCGAUUUUCAAAGUUACAAAAAUACAGUCAAUGUGAGUAAAAUUCGGGGUGGUGGUGUUAUGAAGCUUUUGUUAGUUGUUUUUCAAAUGUUCACUUGACCUAAUCAAUGGUUCUAUAAGCUACUGAGCUUGUGCUUGUAUGAAUUUUAAGAACACCUUUUUAAUGAAUUAGCCAUUUGAUGACCUAAUUCGCUAUA